UUUUGGAAAGCCGCUACCGAGCGGUCGCCAUUAUUCUUCCUGGCUUGACGGUCGGGAGAAAGACGGUUUAAUACUUUUAAACAUUAUAACAGGGGCUCAACUGCAGCAUUGUCGACCUCCCGGGCACUCUGUGGAUUGACUCAUGAAUUAGCGACCCACCCAGAGCGCAGCAUGGAGAAACGCUCCGAUACCACAGGUGUUGGAGGUGCCCUUCCCCUGGCCUCCCUUCGCUUAAUGGCCUCCCCUCUGCAGCUGACGUACUCCUACAUAUGGCAGGUCAUACGGCAGAGAAACGUGAAGUUGUACGGGAAAGUGGAGGAGUUUGUCACCAUGGUGACGCAGACCGUUCCUGAGCUCAUGAGUUUCAAGCAGACGGCCCAGCUCCUCUUGGGGUUGAGAGCAAGGAUCAUUUUGGAUUUGCUUCACAAAGAUGGCCCACCGGAUUCUAGGGCUAUACAAACUCUCAUAAAUAAGUUGAAGGUCUCUGCAUCUACAGGGAAGGAUUCAGAAGUGGAGAAAUCUCAAACAAACUUCAUGGUGCUCGUCCAGAGUCUCCUCAAAAAUCCAGCUGAAAGGAAGCGCUUCUUCCAGGAAGUGUUCCCUGUUCAAUACGGCACAAAGUUCGAUACAGCUCUGCAGGCUCUGGUUGCAGGUCUUGUUUGCAAACUGGAGCAACUUCUUCCUGUUCCCAAUCUCUCCCAGCUUGGUACCAUGAUCUCAACCGAGUCCAAUGUCCUGGAGGCGUGUGGGGGCUUGAUCCCUGAGUCCAGGGACCUCAAGACUCUCCUCCUGCACCAGCAGGCCAAGGGCCUCCUUGGUGUUAAAGCAACUAUCUCGUCCUCGGUGGGUGACUGUGUGCUCUCUUCACUCGCCUUCCGGCCCAAACCAGUAGAGCCGCCUGCACCACCAGAAUCACCAAAGCGUUUAGAGGUCACUUUGAACGAAACAAGCCCAACCUCCUUCAGCGACACUGAGGACUUGGGGUUGAUGUCCGAUGACUCCGAUGGCGCAGCAGCCCCUGCUACUAGAUCCCAGAGAAGAGGGCAGCACAGUCAUAAAACCACUGAUGGCAGUGCCGCAAAGCAAAAGAGUGUCACAACAACAGCUCACACUGAGAAUUUGGUGCAAGAGAAGAGUAGCGCACAGCAACAGCCUGCCACACCUCUAGAGCGCAGAGAGGAAGAUGGGACACUGGCAGGGCCACAGAAGCCAGAAGUACAGCGGGAGCUUCACUUGAAGUCAAUCCCCUUCAGGGUAGUUCAAAUGCCAAUCAAAACCCCUUCCACCGUACAGAAUGCAGGCAGUGCAGGACCAAAAGACGGCCAAAAGCCCCAGACUCAGCGAGUCACAUUGCAUCAGUGGGUGUCGCAGAUUGCCACUAACUCGCUCUCGCUCCCAGCCCUGCCGCCACUUCCUCCAGCCAGGUUUAGCUCAGGGGACGACAUGAAGCCAAGCAUAAGAAGAAAAAAGCAAAUCAGGCCUCCGGCUGACAGAUUCACGUGUUCCGUGUGCGAUAAGAGCUUCCCGUAUCAGUCCAAGCUAAUGGACCACGAGCGCAUUCAUACAGGAGAGAAGCCGUUCAUUUGCACCGCUUGCAACAAAAGCUUCAGAACGCAGGCGUUCCUCAACAACCACCUGAAGACCCACAGCACGGUUCGCCCUUACGCCUGUGGCCAGUGCGGCAAGUGUUUCACCAAACUUCAGAGCUUGACGAAGCACAUGCUGGCCCACAGCGGCCAAAAGCCCUUCUACUGCAACAUCUGCAACAAGGGCUUCACACAGUCCACCUAUUUCAAAAGACACAUGGAGUGCCACACAAGCCAGAUGACGUUCCCCUGCAAGCACUGCAGCAAGAGCUUCCCGACGGCUUUCAAGCUGUCCAACCACGAGCGCUGGCACACCAGAGAUCGCCCUCACAUGUGCGAGCGUUGUGGGAAGAGAUUCCUCGUGCCCAGCUUGUUGAAGAGACACAUGGGCUACCACAUUGGCGACCGUCAGUAUCUCUGCUCCCAGUGCGGAAAGACCUUUGUCUACUUGUCUGACCUGAAGAGGCACCAGCAGGACCACGUGCCCAAAGCUAAGAUCCCGUGCCCUGUUUGCCAAAAGAAGUUCUCUAGCAAGUACUGCCUGAGGGUUCACCUGAGGAUCCACACCAGAGAGAGACCCUACCGGUGCUCCAUAUGCGACAAGAGCUUCACCCAGGUCGGGAAUCUGAAGGUCCACAUCAGGUUGCACACCAACGAGCGACCUUUCAGCUGCGACGUGUGCGGGAAGACCUACAAGCUGGCGUCCCACCUGAACGUCCACAAAAGGACUCACACGUGCAAGAAGCCCUGGACGUGCGAAACGUGCGGGAAGGGAUUCUCCGUCCCCGGCCUUCUUAAGAAGCACGAGCAGUUGCAUACAAGGGACGCUAAUCCUGACUUCUCCGUUAAACGGAGACACAGGGGUAAGCACAAGAAGCACUCCCUCAAGAGGAAGUACGACGAGGAAGACGAGGGUAGUGAUGAUUAUUAAUCAAAGAAACAUGUUUUAUAACUAGAGGGGCAGUCCUCCGCCAAGGUGUGUUAGUUUGAGGUGGCUGUUUAGGCUUAUGUUUGGUCAUGGCACACCAUUGACUUUAAUUACGACGGGUUCACAUAUGCACAACAAGUGCAGUUCAUUUUGCCAUAGACACAAGUGUUACAAUUGACCUACCUACGAAAAAUAAUUCACAUAUCCGCUCCAGGAUUUUUAUCCACAAAUUGGCCCAUGCUUCACGCUUCCACCACGUUCCAUUAAAAUGGGGCCAGUAGUUCUUCCAUAAUCCUGCUGACGGACGAACAGCACCCAAAACAUAACCUCCUUGGCGGGGGGUAAUAAAAAAGGAUGCUCUUAUCAGUUUCAAGGCUGACCACUGUUAUAAUUAAAAUUGGCUGAUUCAGAAAACUACUACAUAAGUGAGCCUUUAAACCAUGUAAAGGUGUCAAGUGUUUUCGAUGUUUGUUACCUUGUGAAGGUGAUCAAAUCACCAUGAUGGUUUGGGUCGUGAAAACAGAUUUUGAAUGAUGUUUGGAUAAUUUUUUUUCCUAAUCACUGAGUUUAAAGAGUGCUAAUUUGAGUUAUAAUGGGUAUUUGCUGGUGGCCAUGCCAGCCAGAGCAUCUGAACUAAUAAAGACCAGUGUUUCACUGCACAUCAGUGCUGUUUUACAUAUGACUAGAUGAUGUGACGAAAUUAAUUUAGGUAAGAGUUACUGUAAGCUGUCACAUUUUGAGAUAAAAAAAAAAAGGUAGCAAUACAACUUUUUUAAAAUCCUUUUCUGAUCUUUGUGUGAGUUGUAAAUAGUUGGUAAUAAUUUUCAGUACAAAAAAAAAAAAAACCUAUGAUGGUGUAAAAUAAAUAUUAUUUUCCAAACAUUGUGCUUUUCAGGACGCUCCCUGAAUAUAGCCAGCAUCUGAGAGAAGGGCAUCAUGUAAACAAUACAGUGAAAGUAUUUCAAUGCAUGUGACUGUAGAUAAUCUGUCUUCUAUUGUAAUAAAAUGGUGUAGUGUCACUAGGAAACAUUUUAAGUUACUGUAUGCUUGUUGAAAGUGUAGUGAAUUAAAACUACUUUUACCACACUUUUUUUUUAUGUAACCUUGACCUGUAAACAUAACUCUUGCUUUUGUUUUAGAGUGAAAAUAGGGUGAUUAGUUUAGUAGGAUUUCACCAGCAGUAGACGCUGUUUGUUGCUCUAGUGUUGAAUUAACACAUUGAGAAAACAUUGAGAACUUAAAUGUACAUGGACAUGUAUAGUAAACAUGUAAAUGUGUGAUGAGGUGCUCGUGUUUCCCAUUACCUUUCCUAUUGUGAACAUCGGUGUAUAUAAGGCGGUAAUAUGUGUAUUUUUUUGUUUUGCAGAAAAAUAAAAACAUAUAACAAA